AGUCAGUCAGUGAGAGAGCAGUAAUCAACAAACUAGUGUAGCGUCUCUAGUUAUCACAAGAAAGUUAAUUCUGAUGAUUUAGUUGCCACUGAAAGUUAAGUAGUUAACUGAACAUGAAUUCUCAUGACUAUGAAGAAAAUGAACCUCUGCAUUUUGUGACACCACUAAAAUACAGCAAAGCAUUGUCAGAAUUCAUACCAGGUGCCACGGAAUUGUACAUAAAAUUGGAAAAUUGCCAGCCUUCUGGUUCCUAUAAGAUUCGAGGUGUUGGAAGACUGGCAAGAAAGUUGAAGGAAAGAGGGUGUCAGCAGUUGGUGUCAGCAUCUGGUGGCAAUGCUGGUGUGGCAGCAGCCUACGCCUCUCGGAUUAUUGAUAUUCCCUGUACUGUGUAUGUACCACAGUCAACAGAACCAGCAUGCAUAAAACUCAUCAAAGACAAUGGAGCACAAGUCAAGAUUGUGGGGUCUAGCUAUAGCAUGGCAGAAGAAAUUGCCAUUAAAGAAGCUGAGAAUCCAGGAAUUGGCUUUCUAAGCCCAUAUAACCAUGCAGAAAUUUGGGCUGGUAAUUCUACUAUGAUGGAUGAACUUAAAGUCCAGCUUCCCAGUAAGCCAAGCACUAUUGUUCUUUCUGUUGGGGGUGGAGGAUUAUUGCUGGGUGUUCUGAAGGGCCUUGAGAGGCUAGGUUGGCAAGAUGUGCCUGUGGUUGCAAUGGAAACAUUUGGUGCUCACUGUUUCAACCUCUCUGUCAAAGCCAAGAAAAUAGUGGCACUUGAAAAAAUUACAAGUAUUGCCAAAUGUUUGGGUGCACGCACUGUGGCACCUCAUCUUCUAGAAAUACUUCCACACUUCAACAUCAUCUCUGAAGUUGUUACAGAUGCACAGGCUGUCAGGAGCUGUAUAAAGUUUGCAGAUGAUGAACAUAUACUAGUGGAACCUGGGUGUGGAGCUACAUUAUCAGCUGUAUACUGUGGUGUACUGGAGAAACUACAAACUGAGGGGGUUCUUCCACAUUUGACAAUGGGUCCAGUUGUUGUUAUUGUGUGUGGAGGAAAUAGUGUCUCCCUCUCUCUUUUGAAAGAGUGGGCUGAAAAUUUUAAUGUUCCAUUCCCUUGACCUUAAAUUAAACAGAUAACUCAGA